AUGCCGGGAGGCCGUGAAUUCUCGGCGGACUUCCGAAGUUCACCGGGCACCGGAUGCCGGAUCGCUUUGAAACUACCGAGUACGGGACGUCGGUAGGCCGACAUCAGACCGUCGUUGACCCGGUCUCACCGGAACAUGGCCGUCAGGUUCCACCGCUGGUACGAAUACCGUCACGCGGGACAUUCGCGACUGGCCGCAUUCUUUAUCGUCCCCGGUCGUCACCGUUAUCGUUCGCCGCCAGCCAGUAUUUUCGGCACUGUCCGGUGUCCAUGUACUUCAUGAAAACGUAUCGGCCUCGGUGCCGGUGACACCUGACGGCCGCCCGCCGACUGUGCACCACCCCAGAGGAACGCUAAGAACCGGUAGUCGUUCAGGCCUGCCGAAUUAUCGAACUUCGCGGUCGGUUCCAGACGAUAACUCGUGAUCAGAUAAUCUACGACGUCCACAUGCCUGCAGUAUGAAAAGUAAAUAAAAAAAAGUCCCGAGAAUAGAAAACAUCGACUGAACGACAGCGGCGGCGAGUGACAAGAGUUACCGCUUUUCGAAAAUCAAAAAUUUAUAUAUAAAUAUAUUUUUUUUUUAAAUGACUGCUAACUUAUUUUAUUGAAAUAAUACACACAGCUAAAAUUGUACCGUCACAUUAUAUUCAUGUCUAAGAGUAAAUCCCGAGACCAUUUGUGUAUUUAGUUUGAUCAUAAUGAACAGUUGAUAGAGAAAACCAUACAAAGCAUACAUUAUUAUUACAUUGUAUUAUUCGUAUAAAACAUAAUUAUGUCAUUGUAAAGUUUAGCAUAUUUUAUCACUUAUUAUUGUUAAUUAAUAUUUAAAAUGAUAAUAAAAAAAAAAAAAGAAGAAAACAUUCAAUUUGAUAUUUGUACGAAUUUUAUUGCAUUAUAUUAUUUCCCGUGACGAAAUGUCAUUUAAUAUUCGACGUAUUUAAAAACAAAACUCUCUGGAUUUUUAACUAUGUGGAACAAAACUACUAAUUUUUAACCGUACGGCCUCAUUAUUCUAAGGCGCGAUGGUCAGGCAAUCUACAAAACUUAUAGACCAGCGGUGGAACGAUCUUGAUAAAUCAUCUAUAAGAUAUAAGAUAUAAUCUACUGGGGAACGACAGCUGAUAUUAUUUUUUGUACAAUAAAAUUUGAAUUUUCAUAUUAAAAAAAAAAAACACGAUAGACAGAUCAACUAUGGUACCUAUACUAUACCAGUAUUAUUUUGAUUUUUAUUGAGGCGUAUUCAUUUUAGGGCACUAAUAAUAAUUUCCAAAUGGUUAGAAACCAUCCCAUUGACGUUUUGUGCAGUCACUUAAGCCCUACAGCACCGCUUUAGGGAUUCAUACACGAUCAUUCAUGUUUGACCAAACUUGACGCACGCAAUAUUGUCAAUCUUGAAUGACAAUUGAUUCUCCGGAUCAGCUUGUUCAGAAUAUCGCCAGAGAUGUAUAGAUAAGCAGAGACGGCGUGUAGUUUUUUUUUCGCGGAACGGUUACAGUAAAAUAGCAAAAAAAAAUAAACCCCCAUGACAACCCAAGCCCAGAGAAAUGGGUGCUUUAACUAAGGUCACUAGAAGUUCCUGUACUUCACCAUUUUCGUUAACUUAUUAGCGAUAAAGAUCCAUAACUACGCCUACCCACCCAUAAACCAUCUGAUUUUGUCACGAAGCAGUUGCAGCUUCAUAGGAUACUCAUUCACGCCCCUGCUGGGGUACAGGUUCAUAGUAAUAUUUUGUGUUUAUGAUUAUUGUUUAUUGUAUUUGAUGUUUACAGCGAAUACCGUUGUUGCGGUAAUUUUUACGAUUUUCGUCUAAGUUUGAUAUUAAAAUUCUUAUAUAAGACCAAUAGAAUCCUCGGUACCUGCGCUCCGAAUUUAAGAUUCAGAAUUUCGUAAGUUCCUUGAAUCAUCGCUAUGAAUUUGGCCAAGAAAAUUGAUUUUUUAGUGAAAAAAAUCGACCCUCCGGUCGUCAAUUAUAAAGGUAUUCUGAACCGUGGUGAAUUUGAAAAGUUUUAUAACGAACCCAAAAGAAAACUUAUAUAAUUGGGAAUGUCUUCACUUCUAUGAGUACCUACUUCAUAAUUUUGAAAGCUCAAUAAAUAAAAAACAAUUUUAGACUCUGAGCGCAGCUAGGAAUGUAUUGGUUUUCCUUAAAUUUUCCUUGGUUGAUCCAAAGAUAGCUAACUUUAUUCUACUGCAUUUUGAAUGAACACUAAUAAAAAUGUCAUUAAAUUCAAAUCCUAAAUACAAUGAAAACCGUUCGCGUGUGAAAUGACCGGCCAUAAUAUUAACUGCAAGGAAAUUGGUCAUUUCAAUCGAAUAUCAUCAAGCCACUGAAUUUACAUCUAAAAGAAAUGAAUAUUAAGUAGUCUACCUGUGGUGCGAAGCAAAGGUGCGAAUUUUCUUGAAUAUAAUUAGCUUUAUUGUUAAUAUUGUAAUAUUGUACCUAUUUUCCUACGAUUUUUCCAUGUGUUUCUUGGUUUUUUACAUUUUUAGGGAAAACCAGUGAGAAAAUCAAACACAGACCUAUUUAAAGUACCUCCACAGUCAGAUUUUCUUUUAGAAAAUCCGCUAUUAUUGUGAACCGGAGUAAAAUUGCUGGUAGAAAAGUUAUUAACAAAAAAAAAAUAUUUAUACCAACUAAUACAUUAAUUUCAUAUAUUUUACCGUCUUUCUUCCGUUUUUUCGUAGGUUUCUACUUUGUUGGAAACAUAUUUAUUUUAAUACUGAAAUACAGAUGUUCUAUUAUAAAAAGAGCUUUAAUAAUAUUAAGGCACGGUUCUGAUUACUUUGUUUAAUAGAUAAUUUAAACAAUUUUAAAAUAAGUAGCUUACAUCGUCGCUUAAUUUAUAAAAGCGAAUUUAUUAAUUUAUUAAUUAAAAUUUGAAAUAUCGAAAUUUGAAAAAUGAGAUUAGAAACUAGGUGAGAUUUUAAUAAUAUUUUAUGAUCACUUGUAAAACUACAAAAACUGAGAUGCAUAGUGUUGCAGUUUUAUCGGUGACAUUACCCUGUUUGUUUUGUUUUGUUUUUUUUUUUUUUUUUUCAAAAAUCUGUUUCCAUCAAAAUGAUGAUUAUCAAUAGUAAAAAAUUAGAACAUUAAACUACUAUGACAUUAUUAGCAUUUAAGAUUUUGGACGAAAAAACGAUGGCCGAAUGAACUUUUUCUCUGAAAUGACACUUNUAGAUUUUCAACUACGUUAAAUAUAAUAUUCGGAAAAUCUGCGAUUUGUCGUUUUCGUGUUCCUAACACUAGACUGUAGUGCGGUAUAAACGCGAAUGGCCCGAGCUUUCGGAUCAGCUGGAGAAACACAAUUUUUCGAAAAUUGAAUUAAGUUAACUCACGACAGUAUCGCUACUGACAACUGAAUUAUCUACAAUAAUUUUUCGUUAUUAUUUUACACUCGUCGGUAUUCAGAAAAUUUAAUUAGCCGGAUUUGAGUGAUAAACGCCCCGGGCUGUCUGGCCCCUAUGGCGAUGGCGUUUCGUGCGGAAUUCGUCGAGCUAUUAGACUAUUGGUAUAAAACCACCCGGACCCAGAACCAUUAUCAUCAGUGUAUCGUUCCAUCGUCAACAGAUCUACGACUUCGGUUCCUACUAAAACCACUCCGACAACCCAAUAAAAUAUGUAAGUCGGGUGAACUUUUGAAAUAGCUCGUUUUUUUCGUAUAAAGAAACGAGCGAUUUUUAUCACUAUACGUCUCGUUUUACAGCUAAAACAAAGAAAAUCCCUGCGAAAAUGAGCGGCACAACAUUGAACCCGAAGAAAACCCUGGCCGCGGUCUUGGUGCUGAUGGUGAUCGGACACGCUGUGGCGGACAUGGCUGACGUCGGUAUGUGCAUCCGGAACUGCGCGCAGUGUAAGAAAAUGUUGGGCGCCUAUUUCGAGGGGCCUUUGUGCGCGGACGCUUGCGUCAAGUUCAAAGGCAAGAUGAUACCGGAUUGCGAGAACAUCGAUUCCGUGGCGCCGUUCCUCAACAAACUCGAAUAA